CGUCAUGCUAGCGGAAGACUAAAAUCAUCUGCGCGUGCGUUCAACUGUCUUCGUAAUUUUGGGGUUCAAACCAGCGGACGAAGAUGAGGCUGCUCUGUAUAUUUGCUCUGGUUGCUGUAGUGGGUCUGGUGGCAGGAGAAGAAGGAGCUCGUCUGUUAGCCUCCAAGUCCCUGCUGAACCGAUAUGCUGUAGAGGGACGAGACCUUACCCUGCAGUACAACAUCUACAACGUGGGCACCAGUGCUGCCCUGGAGGUUGAGCUGUCUGAUGACUCGUUCCCCCCUGAAGAUUUCGGCAUUGUCUCCGGAAUGCUUAAUGUGAAAUGGGAUCGUAUUGCUCCGUAUCCUUCUCAAUAA